AUGUCAUUCAACAGGCCGAGUGGUAGUCCUCAUCGAGGUUAUAGAGAAUUUGAUCCAGAAUCUGGUGAUGGAAUUGGUCGUAAAAAAUCAUUAGUUAGACCAGAAAGAUCACGUUUAGAUGCGAAUCAUCCAAGAUAUCAUUAUACUCAAAUUACAAAUCAAGAAAGUGAUCAUAUUGUUGUACAACCAAGUUCAACUGGUCUAGAUCCUCAAGUUUCAAAUGAAUUGGGUCGUUCAAGAUCUCAUUUAAGUUCAUUUGUUUCAACUCAAGGUCAUUUUCCAAAUCAAAGUCCUUCAAAUAAUCAAGGACCACCAAAUCAAGGAGGUAACAAUAAUAAUAAUAAUAAUAAUGACGAAGAUAAUGAAGGUAUUCCAUUAAUGGAAAUUCAUGAUUCUUCACCUCAAGGAAGUCCAAAUACUCAAGAUUUAAAAGGAGGAAGAGAAAUAUAUGGAUUAAAUGAUGAAACAAAUGAUUAUUCUCAUUCACCACUGAAAAGUAAAGUUAUAUCUAAUGGUUUACCAAGACCUCAAGUACAAGGUACCAAAAAUAGAUCAAAAAAUGAUAAAAAAAAUAAUAUAUAUUUUUGGAAAGUUUAUUGUUAUAUUAUAACAUUUUGGGCUCCUGCUCCUUUAUUAAAAUUAUUUGGUUUAAAAACAAAAGAUAGACAAUUUGCAUGGAGAGAAAAAAUUGGUUUAAUUUCUUGUAUAUUAUAUAUUGGAGCAUUUGUUGCUUAUUUAACUUUUGGUUUUACUAAAACAGUAUGUUCAUCAGAAAGAAUUAGAACAAGAAUUAAUGAAGUUAAUACUGGAUAUUUAAUAAUAAAUGGUAGAUCUUUUGAUUUAACUCAAGCUCAACAUCCAGCAGCUGCAGGUAUUGGUGCAGGUUCAAAUGUUUUAUAUCCACCUAUUAAUGCAGGUGGUAAAGAUGCAUCAUUUUUAUUUCAAAAUGUUAAUGGAAAUUGUAAAAAUUUAAUUAUGCCAAGAGAUAAUUGUACAAUUCCUUAUACUGAUGAUAACGAAUUAGCUUGGUAUAUGCCUUGUAGAUUUUUUAGUCAAGAUGGAUCUGAUUCAGUUAAUAAUUCGCAAGCUUAUUAUAAUGGUUGGGCUUGUCAUACAAGUGAAGUUGCAAGAAGAGCUUAUUAUAAUUUAAAAGUUAAUGGUGAUGUUUAUUUUACUUGGGAUGAUAUUAGAAAUUCAUCAAGAAAUUUAGUUGUUUAUUCAGGAAAUGUUUUAGAUCUUGAUUUAGUUAAUUGGAUUCAACGUGAUGAUGUUACAUAUCCUGAUUUAUUUGAUAAAUUACGUGAUGAUCAUACUUAUAGAGGUUUAGAUAUUUCUUUAGUGUUAACAAAUCCAGGUGAACGUCAAGCUGCAAGAUGUUUAACUGAAAUUAUAAAAGUUGGUGUUAUUGAUUCUGAUACAAUUGGAUGUAUUGCUUCACAAAUUGUAUUAAUUGUUUCAUUAGUAUUUAUUUUAUCAGUUGUUGUUAUGAAAUUUGUUAUGGCAUGUUGGUUUAGAUGGGUUACUUCUAGAAAGCAAGGAGCAACUGAAUAUGAUAAUAAAACAAUGGUUGCAAGAAAUAAAGAAAUUGAAAAUUGGGUUGAUGAUAGUAAUCCAGUUAUUGGAAAUCAAAUUAAAACUGUACCACCAAAAGCAAGAGCUAAUUAUAAACCAACUAAAACAAAUAGACAAAGUGUUUUUCAAAAAACUCAAAAAUUAUCAUUAGGUCCAAAUGCUGAUUUAUCUCAAUAUUAUGAUAAUCCAGAUGCAUUAUCAAAAACUUUUAAAUAUACUACAAUGUCAACUCAAGCUGCAUUAUUAGGUAAAAAUGGUUAUGGAAAAAAAUCAUCAAAUACAACUACAAAUAAUAAAACAAAUACUAAUAUUACUCAACUGUCAACUUUAUAUUUAAAUGAUCAAAAUUCUUCAACUGAUUUAUUAAAUCGUCCUGUUUCAACAUAUAAUCCAUUUGAUGGAUUUGAAGAUACAAUAGUUCAUGGAUUAUCACCAGAUAUUAUUCAUCCAGAUGUUGUACCUCAACCACCAGUUGAAUAUCAACCAUUUGGUUAUCCAUUAGCUCAUACUAUUACUUUAAUUACUUGUUAUUCAGAAGAUGCAGAUGGUAUACGUACAACUUUAGAUUCUAUUGCAACUACAGAUUAUCCAAAUUCUCAUAAAUUAAUGUUAGUUGUAUGUGAUGGAUUAAUUAAAGGUUCAGGUAAUGAUCAAACAACUCCAGAUAUAGUAUUAGAUAUGAUGUCAGAUUUAACUGUUCCAAGAGAUGAAGUUCAAGCUUAUUCAUAUGUUGCUGUUGCACAAGGUAGUAAACGUCAUAAUAUGGCAAAAGUUUAUGCUGGAUUUUAUGAUUAUAAUGAUGAAACUGUACCACCAGAAAAACAACAAAGAGUUCCAAUGAUUACUAUAGUAAAAUGUGGUACACCAGAAGAAUCAAAUUUACCAAAACCUGGUAAUAGAGGUAAAAGAGAUUCACAAAUUAUAUUAAUGAGUUUUUUACAAAAAGUUGUAUUUGAUGAAAGAAUGACAAGUUUAGAAUUUGAAAUGUUACAAAGUAUAUGGAGAAUUACUGGAUUAAUGGCUGAAUUUUAUGAAAUUGUUUUAAUGGUUGAUGCAGAUACAAGAGUUUUUCCUGAUUCUUUAACUCAUAUGAUUGCUGAAAUGGUUAAAGAUCCAAUGGUUAUGGGAUUAUGUGGAGAAACCAAGAUUUCGAAUAAAUCUCAAACUUGGGUAACAGCAAUUCAAGUAUUUGAAUAUUAUAUAUCUCAUCAUCAAGCAAAAGCUUUUGAAAGUAUAUUUGGUGGUGUUACAUGUUUACCUGGAUGUUUUUGUAUGUAUAGAAUAAAAGCUCCAAAGGGAUCAGAUGGUUAUUGGGUUCCUAUAUUAGCAAAUCCAGAUAUUGUUGAAAGAUAUUCAGAUAAUGUUGUAGAUACAUUACAUAAAAAAAAUUUAUUAUUAUUAGGAGAAGAUAGAUAUUUAUCAUCAUUAAUGUUGAGAACUUUUCCCAAGAGGAAACAAAUAUUUAUACCAAAAGCUGCUUGUAAAACUAUUGUACCUGAUAAAUUUUUAGUCUUGUUAUCACAAAGAAGAAGAUGGAUUAAUUCAACUGUUCAUAAUCUUAUGGAAUUAGUAUUAGUUAGUGAUCUAUGUGGUACUUUUUGUUUUUCAAUGCAAUUUGUUAUAUUUAUUGAAUUAGUUGGUACAUUAGUUUUACCAGCAGCUAUAUCUUUUACAAUUUAUGUUAUUAUAGUUGCAAUUAUUUCAAGACCAACCCCAAUUAUGUCAUUAGUUUUAUUAGCUAUUAUUUUCGGUUUACCUGGAUGUUUAAUUGUUAUAACAAUUUCAUCAUUUUCAUAUAUUAUAUAUUUUUUCAUAUAUUUAUUAGCUUUACCAAUUUGGAAUUUUGUUUUACCAAGUUAUGCAUAUUGGAAAUUUGAUGAUUUUAGUUGGGGAGAAACAAGAACUGUUGCAGGAGGUGAUAAAGGAGAUCAUGGAGCAACUGAAGGUAUAUUUGAUGCAACAAAAAUUAAAAUGAAAAGAUGGAGAGAAUGGGAAAGAGAAAGACGAAAUUUUGAAAUUUCUUCAAAUUCAAAUAAUAAUAACAUCAACAAUCCAUAUGGAAAUAGUAAUGGUAAUGGUACAAGUAGUAAUAAUUUGGAAUUACCAUCUGCUGUAUGGGAUCCUUCAAAUAAUAAUGAAAAAUUAAUUGAUGAUUAUUGA